AAACAAAAAACAACACUCAGAGGAAGAAGAAGACGAACCCUUUGAGGAAGAGAUCACUCUUCGGUUUCUCCAAUCCUUCAUAUGAUGUCGGACGGAGGAGCACCGUCGAGGUACGUGAAGUUGACGAAAGAACAAGCUCCGGUCGAUGAGAUUAAUCCCGGCGAACUUAAUCAGCCCAUUGAAGUUUCUCAUCUAGCUGUUCACAAAUGCAACGAGUGUGGCCAACCUUUGCCUGAGAAUUUUGAAGCUCCUGCUGAUGAGCCGUGGACUACCGGAAUAUUCGGCUGCACUGAGGACAUGAAUAGUUUUUGGCUGGGACUUUUUUGCCCAAGUGUUCUAUUUGGGCGUGUCUAUGAAACUCUGAGUGAUGAGGAAACCUCGUGGACCAAAGCAUGUAUUUGCCAUUCCAUUGUAGUAGAAGGCGGUCUUACUGCCGCAUCGAUGCUUACUUGUGUUCCCGGUAUUGAUCCGCAUACGUCUUUUCUUAUAUGGGAAGGUUUGAUGUUUGUUUGGUGGAUGUGUGGGAUAUACACCGGAAAUGUCCGCCAGACUCUGCAAAGGAAAUAUCAUCUCCAGAACGCUCCAUGUGAUCCAUGUAUGGUGCAUUGUUGCCUUCACUUUUGUGCGGUUUGCCAAGAGCACCGUGAGAUGAAGAACCGUCUUUCGGAUAACUUUGUGAUGCCCAUGACUGUUAUUAACCCACCACCAGUUCAAGAGAUGAGUGCCUCUGGUGACAGAGACCACCACCACAACUCUGUCCCGGUUUCACACCAUAGCUCUGAUCUUGAGAUGCGGCCAUUGUAGUCUCAAUGUUGCCCACCAGAUUCAAGGUUUUGUUUUGCCUGAAUCUACUUUUUAUAUGUAAACCGAUUUGGUUUGUUUCAAAAUUCAAACUUAUAUACUAGAUAGAUUCUGGUUUUCCAUGUAUAAUCAUGAUUUAUCCUUGUCUCAAAAUUAAGAUUUUCUAUAAAAAAAAUUAACUAUU